UAUCUAUAUAUCUUUUUUUUUUCUCUGCAGGUGUAUAUCUAUUUCUGCCUAUUGAAGCAUGGGUGUGUAUAUUGUAUAUGUGGAUAUAAGUAUGGGUAUUUAUGCAUGCAUUUGAGUGUCUCUAUUUUCAGGGAUUGCUCGUGUGCGUGUGUGCGACUAUGCUCCUGCGUGCAUCUGUGUGGUUUUGGGCGUCUACCUCUUGGUGUAUUUGUGUCAUCUGGGCAUCUGAUUUUUGUGCCGUCUUCUUCGUCAGCUGUCUUUGGGUGUCGUGCCUUCUCGGCUUUGUAAGGAUUGUCAGUUUCUGCUGUGUUUGUCUCUGUGUUAUGUAUGUCUGUUUCGAGCCUCAGUGUGGCGCCUGUGUCUGAGUGGUGUGGACCAGUGCAACUCUGGUUGUGCUCUGCUGGGCUGAGCAGGGCUGCACUGGGCUGGGCUGGGCUGCUCUGGGCUUCUCAGGGCUGGGCUGGCUGUGUGCACCCUCCUCCCUUAGCCUCUCCUCUCUUAGCCUCUCCUCCCUUCUUUUCUCCUCCCCUCCUCUACCCUCCCCCUUGGCCCGCUCUCAGACUCAGAUAAAGCAUUUCCUUCCAUUGUCAUCCUACCCGGACGGCCCCGCUGCCAGAACCCUCCCCCUCUCGGCCCCCUCCCUUCCUCUCCAGGUCUAGCUGAUUUUCUGCAGCCUCUGGUGUCUCCGGCGAUGUGAGGCCGGCGCCUCCGACCCCUCGCGCCUGCCCUGAUUCCCACCAUGAGCCCCCCGCUCUGAGGGCCCCGGUCCCUGGAUGCACAGACCGGGUGCUGAUGGGACCCAGGUGAGCCCUGGCCCCCAGUAUCCCAGUCCCCCUGGCACAGCCAGUUCCACCAUCUGUCCUGGGCUGCCAGUUCCUCAGCUCCAGCCCAUGGACCUUCGGGUGGGACAGAGGCCCCCUGUGGAGCCUGUAUCAGAACCAACUCUGCUGGCCCUUCAGCGCUCUCAGCAUCUGCACCAUCAGCUCUUUCUUGCUGGUCUCCAGCAUCAACAGGUAAAACACAUUCAGCUCUCCCUGGAGACUCCAGUGCAAGAGGCACCAGGAGGCCAUCAAGAGCAGGAGCUGAGGCAACUUCUCCACAAGGACAAGAGCAAACGGAGUGCUGUAGCCAGCCAUGCCGUGAAACAGAAAUUGGCUGAAGUCAUUCUAAAGAAGCAGCAGGCAGCAUUGGAAAGAACUACCCAUUCCAGCAUCCCCUUCAGAACCCUGGGGUCUCUAGAAACAGAAGGAACACCCUCCACCAUGCUGAACAGUUUCCUGCCCAUGGUCCCCAGCUUGCUCAGUGACUCUCCAGAACACUUUCCCCUUCGUAAGACAGUCUCAGAGCCCAACCUGAAGCUACGUUACAAGCCCAAGAAGUCUUUGGAGCUGAGGAAGAAUCCACUGCUCCGCAAAGAGAGUGCUCCUCCCAGCCUUCGUCGACGUCCAACCGAGCCCCUUGGGGAUUCAUCCCCUAGCAGUAGCAGCACUCCUGUUUCAGGUUGCAGCUCCCCCAAUGACAGUGAACAUGGUCCUAUACCUGCUGUGGGCUCAGAGGAACUUUUAGCCCAACGACUUCGACUCCAGGAAAGUUCACUUGCCCCAUUUGCCUUGUCAACGGUGUCUACACUUCCCGAAAUCACCCUGGGCCUGCCUGCCACCACUAGGGCUGAUGGUGACCGAAGGAUUCAUCCUGCUUUGGGGUCUCGGGGACCUGUUCUGGGGAGCCCGCAUGGUCCCCUCUUCCUCCCCUCAGGCUUAGAAUCCGAGGCAGGGAGUACUUUGGCAUCCCACCUACAACCCAUCCUCAUCCUGGAGCCCUCAAUAUCUCAUCCCCCACUGCUGACUGUGCCUGGGAUUGGGCCACUACCCUUCCAUUUUGCCCAAUCACUACUCUCCAGUGAACGGCUUUCAGGGUCAGGCCCUCACACGCCACUGAGCCGGACACGCUCAGAGCCCCUGCCCCCAAGCGCCACUGCUCCGCAGCCAUCAAGCUCCCUGCAGCCCCGCCUGGAUUGGCUAAAACAGCACUCACAGAGCAAGAGGCCAACAAAAUCAAGUGAGAAGCCUCGACUUCGACAGAUACCUUCAGCAGAGGACCUAGAGACAAAUGAGGCACUCAUCCAAGGCCCAGAACACAGAGAUCUUGGCCAUGGGAAACCUGAAGUUGGUAGUGCUGCCUCCUCCCAGCAGCACCAGCAGAUACUCCUGUGGGAACAGCAGCAACGGUUGUUAGGUCGGCUUGCCAGGGGAAGUCUGGGGGACUCAGUGCUGUUGCCCUCUACCCAGAGUGGACAUCGGCCCCUGUCCAGGGCUCAGUCCUCUCCAGCUGCUCCCAUCUCCCUGCCAACUUCAGAACCACCUAACCAGACCUUAGUACUAUCUUGCCCUGAAACUCCUGCCAGGACCCUGCCCUAUACAACUGGGUUGGUCUAUGAUUCAGUGAUGCUCAAACACCAGUGCUCCUGUGGGGACAACAGCAAUCAUCCUGAGCAUGCAGGCCGAAUCCAAAGUAUCUGGUCACGGCUACAGGAACGGGGGCUACGGAGCCAGUGUGAGUGUCUCCGAGGCAGGAAGGCCUCAUUGGAGGAGCUACAGUCAGUCCAUGAUGAGAGACAUGUGCUGCUUUAUGGCACCAACCCACUCAGCCGACUCAAACUAGACAAUGGAAAGCUUGCGGGGAUCCUGGCACAGAGGAUGUUUGUGAUGCUGCCUUGUGGUGGCGUUGGGGUGGACACAGAUACAAUCUGGAAUGAAUUGCACUCCUCCAAUGCAGCCCGUUGGGCUGCUGGAAGCGUAACUGACCUUGCCUUCAAGGUGGCUGCCCGAGAACUAAAGAAUGGUUUUGCAGUAGUGCGGCCCCCAGGACACCAUGCAGACCAUUCAACUGCCAUGGGGUUUUGCUUCUUCAACUCGGUGGCUAUUGCAAGUCGGCAGCUACAGCAGCAGGGGAAGGUUAGCAAGAUACUCAUUGUGGACUGGGAUGUUCACCACGGCAAUGGAACUCAGCAAACCUUCUAUGAGGACCCCAGCGUGCUCUACAUCUCUCUACAUCGACAUGAUGAUGGCAAUUUCUUUCCAGGCAGUGGGGCUGUUGAUGAGGUGGGAGCGGGCAAUGGAGAAGGCUUCAACAUUAAUGUUGCUUGGGGUGGAGGUCUCGACCCACCCAUGGGAGACCCUGAAUACCUGGCAGCCUUCAGAACAGUUGUGAUGCCCAUCGCCCAAGAAUUCUCUCCUGACCUGGUGCUGGUGUCGGCUGGGUUUGAUGCUGCAGAUGGCCACCCCCCACCUCUGGGAGGCUACCAUGUCUCUGCCAAAUGUUUUGGGUACAUGACACAGCAACUGAUGAGCUUGGCAGGAGGAGCAGUAGUUUUGGCUCUGGAGGGUGGCCAUGAUCUCACAGCCAUAUGUGAUGCCUCUGAAGCUUGUGUGACUGCCCUGCUAGGCAACAAGGUGGAUCCCCUCUCUGAAGAGAGCUGGAAACAGAAACCCAACUUAAAUGCCAUUAGAUCCUUGGAAGCUGUGAUCCGGGUGCACAGUAAGUACUGGGGUUCGAUGCAGUGGUUGGCCUCCAGUCCAGAUUCCUGGGUCCCCUCAGUGGCAAUGGCUGACACAGAAGAAGUGGAGACAGUGUCAGCACUGGCCUCUCUUUCAGUGGGCAUCCUGAAUGAAAAGAGUGCUUAACCAGAGAUGGCAGGGUCUCCCACUCACCUCAGCAUUCCCUCUGUUUUCCAACUCUAGCCAAUUUCUGCUUCUUCUCCCUCCCAAAUCAGGCCGUCAGAACAGCUGAUGGAGGAAGAGGAAGAGCCUAUGAAUCUCUAAGGCUUCAAGACAAAUCAAUACACCAUCUACUUAAAUCACCUUCAGACCUAGAUCUUCUAACCAAUGGCCACCAUGUCUAGUCUUUGAGGCUUCAGAUUCUAAGGGUCCUAGGGUCUGAUGCCUGUCAGCUCUGCCCUUUCCUUAACAGUCACCCCAGAGAACUUGGGAUGACUCCCAAGCCCUAGGGAGGGGAACAGGGAAAAGUCUCCAGAAAGGAAUUAAGUUAAAGAGAUAAGAGAAUCGUGCUCUGCCAUUCUCCCACUCCUGCACCUCUUCAGGGGCAGAUUCCUCUAGCCCUCUGGAGCAUGGCCUGCUAGGACCUCUGGCCCACUGAAGAUGACAGCUUUCUUCCAGGAGUCUCCAAGAGCCUUGGCUCCCAUGUCUCAACCCAUCCUAACCACUAUCUCCACUCCAGGGGCCCUGGUCCCUUUGCCAGCGUCUCAAGAUCUGUAUGGAAAUGUGAAUUCUCACUCCUUCCUGAAGUUAGAGCUUGAGAGAGAAGAUGGGUCCAUUGUGAGGCCCUACGUGAUCUCUUCCUCCCUGAAUAUGAUUAGAUAUCCUGUCAUCUCUCUACCCCAAACUUAUUGGGCUUUCAGGGACACCCUUUCCAGGCACUAGAACAUAGCAUAAUCUUUUUAAGAGUUGCUAGUUAUGAUAAUUAUCCACCCCAUCCCAUCUUCAGUGCCUGAACUGUGUAUACCUUGAUUUAACCAUCUCAGUAUCCUGGGAAGUGAGCAUGCUGUCCCUCUUCCCCAAGCAGAUGGUGCCAACUCCUUUAUCUUCUCUCUGGGAUACAACAUAACUUACAGGGAGCCUUAGUUUUUCCAUCUUAAGGCUUCCAUUAAGGCUUGCAUUCCCUUGUCCUCACACAAAACUGCCUUAGUUAAAGAGAAGGAGGUAAGGUUAAGAUGUGGGUCAGUGAGGACUGCUCCUGGGGACAUCAGCACAGAAGCUUCCUAGCUCUAGCUUGGGGCCAGAAGUAUUUGUGCGUGUGCGCAUGUAUGUCUCUUCCACAAAACUCCUGUGUAUGUGCAUGUUUUUGUUUAAGAAAAAAGAAAGAAAAAGAAAAACCUGAAUAAAAGUUUAUUUGCUUUAAAAUUGCAUAA